GUAAAUAAGUAAAUAUAUGUGAAUAUGGCGCUAUAUCCAAGCACUCGAAUUUCUCUCAAGUUCAAUGAUAUCGAUAAUUAUCAAUGUUGGUUUCUCGUGGAUCAUCAGAAAAUGCCUUGUGUGAAUCACUUACAACAACAGAUAAAUAGCAGGUUUUAUAAUAACGUUAAAGGGAAAAUUAUUCUCACGUUAAAAGGAAGUUUAAUACCGCCAUGGGAAUCGUCUUUAAUUCUUCGUGAUGAUGAUCAGAUAGUUGUUCAAAAGGAAGAUGGUAAUACUGAAGUAAAAUGUUUUGCGAAAAAAAAGGGAAAGAAGAAAUUAAACACUUCAUUGAAAAAUGAUUCUGUCAUUGAAAUUGAUACAAAAGCAAAUGACAUCAUAUUUAUUUCUGAAAACAAGGGUAACCUUUUGGACAAUUCCAAGAAAGAAUAUUCUACGAAAAAGAAAGAUAAAACAAAGAAAAGAAAAUAUUUAGAUGUAAAAGAAAAGCAAGAAGAAGAAUAUUUGGAAGAAACAGAAAAAAUUGAAGAACUUUCUGAAAAAAGAGAAAAGAAAAAGAAGAAAGAAUGUGCAAAGAAAAAGGAAAAGGUUAAAGCACAUUUAAGGGAAAAGGAAAAGGAACAUGUAGAAAAGAAAGAACAUACAAUGAAAAGGAGAAGGAAGGAAAUAGAGGUGUAUGAGGAAGAGUCACCAUUGUUGAGUGUUGAAUCCAAAAAGAAGAAAAAGAGAAAAUCUGAAGCAUGUGAUUAUGUACCUGUUGUAAAACUGGAUUUUGAGAAUAGUCCCGAAGAAUUAGUUGAAAGAGACCAGAAAAGACACGGGAAAAAAAUUCAAAAGCUUCAUGAAUUAUGUAAAAAUCAAAGUACUGACUGUGAUCAACAUAAAGAAAUUGUCAUUGAUGAUGAUGACGAUGAGGAGGAGGAGGAGGGAGCAGAGGAGUAUAAUAAUAAUAUCAAAGGCAAUAAUUCUGACUUAAACAAAGAAAUUAUUAUUGAUGAUGAUGAUGAGGAGGAAGAGGAGGACAAGCCAAAUAUUAGUAGUGACAACAGAGAUCUGGAAAAUAACAAUAUUAAAAUUACACCUGUUGUAUCUCUUUCUGAAAUUCCAGACAAUCAAGCGACACUGCAAAAUAGUGAUUUAUGCGAAAAACCUAAGUCUUCUCAAAAGGAAGAGAUUUCUCUUUCAACAAUUUCACCAAUUUCAACAACACACACAAAAAAGAAUUCUGAUAUAAUUGUUAAUUCCAGUAAGAAAAAUAUUCCUGUGAAAGAAGCAGUUGAAGUUUUUGGUAUUUCAAAUGAAAAUCUGACAGCAAUUUGUAAAGCAGUUGAAAAGGGGGAAUCCCUUACACUAAGUGGGAGCAAAGUAAAAAGAAUUGAACUUUGUCCCAGUGUGAAUGAGAAUGUUUUUAACAUGAACAACAUUGUCAGAAAUGAAAAACUUCUCAUAAAUAAAAUUACUGAAAAAAAUGGCAGCAAACCCCACAGAAGAAGGCCUAGAAAGCGCCGGCAUGGCCCAAGUUUUGCUUGUGCUCCUUUCAUUCAAGCAAUGAGCUCACAUUCUGAAGGUGAUGCUUCUUCAUUGAAUUCCACACCUAAAACAUAUGUACCACAACACUCAAACAGUGUUUAUUCUUCUCGAAAUAAUUCUGACAAGCAUAUCCAUUUUGACUCAGAAGAUGAGGCUGAAGAAACUGCUAGCAACAUCACCUCAGCUUGUGAUGAAUUGGAACCAAGCCAUUCUACACCAAUACCUGUCGACUCUUUGCAAAAAGACAAUCAUAAAAUUCAGUUACCCAAUGUGGAAAACUCAUUAGUUUCUGAAACCUCUGAACCUCAAUCAAAUGUGGACAAUUGGUCGACAUUUUCUGUUCGAAAUGCCCUGCGAAAGAACCCUGGCGUAUACCAACGAGGAGUUGGUCUUGUUAAAUCAUUUGAAAUGUCAUCCUCAACUGCCAUUAUUCAACAAGAUAAACAAUUACAAAAUAAGAAUCAAGCCCAACUCAGCUCAUCUGUUUCGAAACCUAACUAUGAUGGUUUCCCUCCAUUAACUGGAAUCCCACGUGUAGAUGACAGAAUUGCUUUUAAGAGACUGGAAAUUGGCCUUGAUUAUAGUCCUGUCAUAUCUGAUUAUAGAGAAGCAACAGUAUUGGCGUUUGAAGAUGAAACCAAAAUGAUAACUCUCAAGUUUCACACUUCUCGUGAAUUGAAAAGAACUGAUGGGAAGUUUGAAUUGUGUUUUGAAGUUGAAGAGGUGAAAAAUACUGAAAAUGAACCUGAUAAUGACAUGGAAACUGUUCUCUUCAGUACUCUUAUGGAUGUAAAGCUACUGUCCAAGUCAUAACUUGAAGAUUAUUAUAUUUUAUUAUUAUUAUUAUCAUUAUUAUUAUUAUUAUUAUUAAUUUUGAUGAUUUAUUUUUAUAUAGCAAUAUUUGUACAUAAUUGUAAAAAGUUUGUAUAAUAUUAAAUUCUAUACUAAAU